AUGCUAACACACAACCUGCUCCAGGCUCUCCGUCAGACGCGGAUCCGGCCCCUGACACUAAAGUCCCCUUACAUCUGUGUAAAGAAGAGAGACUCGGGCCCCCUGCUGUCCCGGGGCCCCCUGCUGUCCCGGGGCCCCCUGCUGUCCCGGGGCCCCCUGUUAGCUCAGCUGUGUCAUGGAUGGAGACCGCUGUCCAAUGAGAGGACAGAGAGGAGACCGCUGUCCAAUGAGAGGACAGAGAGGAGACCGCUGUCCAAUGAGAGGACAGAGAGGAGACCGCUGUCCAAUGAGAGGACAGAGAGGAGACCGCUGUCCAAUGAGAGGACAGAGAGGAGACCGCUGUCCAAUGAGAGGACAGAGAGGAGACCGCUGUCCAAUGAGAGGACAGAGAGGAGACCGCUGUCCAAUGAGAGGACAGGAGACUGCUGUCCAAUGAGAGGACAGAGAGGAGACCGCUGUCCAAUGAGAGGACAGAGGAGACUGCUGUCCAAUGAGAGGACAGAGAGGAGACUGCUGUCCAAUGAGAGGACAGAGGAGACUGCUGUCCAAUGA